AUGGAUAUCGUUCAGAAAUUCGAAAAUGGGAGCCUCGGAGAGCCUAUCAAAUGCAUUGACAUGCAUACGACGGGCGAACCGACGCGUAUCAUUUACUCAGGGUUCCCUCGUCUCCAGGGCACUCUUUUGGAGCAGCGUGAUCAGGCAAUGACCCAAUAUGACCACAUCAGAAAGCGCCUCAUGCUGGAGCCGCGGGGCCAUUACGAUAUGUACGGUGCCAUCCUUACCCAAGAGACCGAGCUGGUCCAGCAGGGACAGGCGCAUAUAGGAACUCUGUUUACGCACAACGGAGGCUUCUCGACCAUGUGUGGCCAUGCCACGAUUGCGCUGGGCAGGUUCUUAGUGGACACGCAUGACUUGAAAGUGUUCCCUAAACGCAAAGAACUGGAGUUCAAUCCGACGACGUGCGAAGUAGCAGUCAAUAUCCAUGCCCCUUGUGGCUUGGUCCGUGUGACGGUACCAACCACAGCGAAUGGCCAGGAAUCUGACCCUUCUCGCCCUGUAUCAUUUCUCUCUACGCCAGCGUUCGCUGCAGGGAUCGAUCUCAAAAUCCCCAUUCCCAAGGAAGUUCGGUGGCCUGAACUUGGCGAUCGUGAGUCCAUUACGCUAGAUAUCUCCUAUGGCGGAGCAUAUUAUGCCCUAGUAGACGCUCGCGAACUCGGAUUUUCAGGUCUCCAGAAGAUUGAUCUAGCUGCUAUAUCAAACGCCGCUAGCAAGCUCAAGGCUUAUCUCAUGACUCACCCUUUGGUCAGCUCAGCCUUACAGAAUCCAGAAGACCGUCGACUGUCCUUCCUAUAUUCUGUCAUGGUCGUUGAUCGCGAUGUCGGAUCCAGGCCUGAAGGAGUCAAUGGGACGGAGACGGGUCUCUGUUUCUUCGCAGAUGAUGAGAUUGAUCGGUCCCCAACGGGAUCAUGCGUGACAGCGCGUAUGGCACUUGCUCAUGCUAAGAAAUUGAGACCUGUUGGACAGAAAUGGGCAUACAAUUCAAUCAUCUCGAACCACUUUGACACUGGAGCCUUUGUCGCCUCAAUCGUGGAUGACAAUGUUCGUGUGGGUGGUAGUAAAGAGGCGGUCAUAGUUCGUGUCGAGGGCAAGGCAUACUAUACGGGAACAUCCAAUUUCAUCCUCGAAGAAGGCGACCUCGCGAGUGCAACCGGGUUUACUCUAAAGGAAUGUGUACAAUAA